AUGUCAUUCUUGUGGCACCAAUCCAAUAACUCGUCUGACGUUGCUGCUACAACAACCAACAAUCAGACCAUCACUUAUUCUGAAUGGGAUUGGAAUCGAUGGAGCCGACAUUUCUCUGAGAUUGAACAGGCUGAGAGCUAUGUUUCUGUUCUCAAGGAAAUAGGCCUAAAGUCCUUAACCUUACUUCGAUUAGGAAUCUUUGGAACCAAAGCAAUUGCAGUAGCAUUAAAAAGGAAGCAAGAAAGACUCAUGAAAGAAUUGUUUUAUGGCAGCAAUAGCAUCAUCACCAAUGACAGACCAAGAUUUUUUGAAGAAGAAAGGAGUAAACCCAUUAGAGCCAAGAUUUGCCUGAGAGAUUCUCCAGAAGGUGCAGAAAAAUCAGUUUAUAAUCUUAUGACGGGUGCUGGACUUUUCCUCCAGCAGAGACCUCCGGUCCAAGCUCCUCCGCCCUCUGCAGCUGCGCCUUCUCUGACAUCUCACUCUUCUCAUCAUGACGAAGUUCGUACGAUCUUCAUUAUGUUUAUGCAUGAAGAUGUCAAAGAGAGAGAGUUGCAGAAUCUACUGAGAUGGCUUCCAGGUUUUGAAGCUUCGCAAGUGAGCUACAAGGGAGAAAAGCCUAAGGGUUUCGCUCUAUUCUCAAAUGCAGAAUUUGCAGUUGCUGCCAAGGAUGCCUUUCAGAAAAUGGAAAAUCUUGUUGUUAAAAGAGGAAUAGUUGCAGCUUUUGAUGGUUUAGACAAGUAUAGAAAGUCUUCGACAGGUGUUCUCCGCAAGUUCGGGAUGGAAGAUGAUUCGAGUAAGAAUCAUUAUAAAGUUAAAGGCGUUAUAGAUGAAGAAAAACUUCAGGUGUUGAGUAAUUGUCUAGUGGGGUGUUGUAAAGACUUUAUCAAAAUUGGUCAUCUCGCUAGACAAAUGCAUGCGAAGGGCCUUACUAGCUUCUCCUUAAUGAGAGCUACUAGAAAUGAGGUAUUAAUGAUUUUAGAAGACUCUGCUUCAUUGAGAAGUGUGAAGAAUGAUAAAUCAGAGACUCUCGCAGAGUGGUUCUCCAUAGUCAGAGAGUUUGGUAUGGAGUGUCGCCGAGUAUGGUGGGAUUAUCCUAAUAUGAGGGAUACUCCUAUUAAAGAUGAGUAUAUUCGUCUUCCAGCUGAUAUAAAUGACUUGGAAAAAGAUUCUUUUCAGUUACAUGUUCCCAAGAGGAGUUUAGAUAGUGAUACUGGAGAAAGCAAA